AUGCACCGCUGCUUCCACAUCCCCGAAGUUCUGACCCUGAUUUGCGAAGCAUGCCGUGAACCAACUGGUGACAACGACUCGACCUGGGUGACGAGCGAGAACACUCAGUCGCUGGCAGCGCUGGCGAGGACAUGCAAGGAGGUGUACGCAACCGCGAUUCGCUGUCUUUGGCAGGACGUCACUGACAUUGCAAUCAUUGCCGAGUAUACGAUGCCUGGGUGCUGGAUGCUGGACUUGGUGGACGAUGAGAGCAAUAUACCUUUGCUGACUCCAGCGCGCCACAUAGUCGAAGCAGACCUUACAAGGUUCAAAUUCUAUGCCCCUUUCAUACGCAAGAUGACCUUCGGGGGAAGUGACUGGCCGAAGGGACUCUCGGAGGAUGGUUACUUGGCACUCACCAUGACGCUCAACGCCCCCAUCUUUCCAAACCUCACCCACAUCUCCUGGGAUACCGCUGGAAUAUCACUCAGCUACAUUCAGUACUUUGCAUCUCCCUCACUCGUCUCCUUGCAUAUUGCGGGCGAUUCUCUCAGCUUCGGCGACCUGCACGUCCUGCGCUGCAUCCGUCAGCGCUGUCGCAACGUCUCGGAGCUCGACAUAGGGUGCAGUUAUAUCCUCACGCGGAGUGAACAGCACAUGGUCGCAAGCUUUGCCGAUACCAUCUCUACAUGGAGUCUUCACUCGCUGAAGACGCCCUUCAUGAGCCUGAAUCUCAUGCGCCAGCUCGCCGUUGACCCAACCCUUCGCACGCUGCACAUCACCAAUCAGACGCCAUGGCCGGGCACUUCCAUGUAUCAUCCGCUCGAAAGCCUGGUACUGCCCGCCCAAGCCUUCUCCGCUCUGACGUCGCUCGUCAUAGGCGCGGACAUUCGCGCAGACCGUCUUCUCACGAUGCUCGAGUCCUGCUCGUUCGGCUGCCUGCACACCCUCGAAAUCUACCAAAUCUUGCCUCGAGUGACGUGGCGAAGCAUCCUCGCCGCGGUGCGCGGUGCGCACUCCGCACCUUCUACCUUCCGCCGGCUGCGACUGAAGGAGGCUGCCUCUCCGGGGCAACCUAGACCCCCACCCACACAGGGUGCGGCCCUCGAGCCCCUCUACGGCUUUUCCGCGCUCGAGGAGCUGCACCUCGACUUCGAGGGCGCCCUCCACCUCGGCGAGGACGACGUGUCGCGUAUGGCGCAGUCAUGGCCCCAGCUGCGGCUGCUGCUGCUCCCCGCGCGGGCCCCGCCCCAGGAGCGCCCCCCGCUCCACGCGCUCCGGCACCUCGCCGCGCGCUGCCCGCGGCUGCGCACCCUCGGCCUCGAGGUCGACGCAUCGGACGUCUCGCUCGUACAUGCGCCGACGGACGUGCGACAGACCGCGCUCGCAAGCUGGUACGUCUACGCGUCGCCGGUAGGCCCCGCGGGGCCUGUGGGCGCGUACCUGUCCGCCGUGUUUCCCGAGCUCGAGAAGAUUGCGUCGGCGGGGCAGGUUGCGGACGGCGACCUUGAGGAAGAGGCGCCGGAGAAUCCGACGUGGCGCAAGGUGCAAGUACUUGUCAAAGCGUUCGGGGCAAUACGCGCGCAUGAGUCCCUCUGCACAGCUAAAGGGCGGGUCAUCCGCGCCGGGCAUAUCAUGGAGUUGGAUGGGAUAGACUUCUAG